AAGUGAAGCAAAUGUCUAAAAAAAACAACAAAAUCAGCGACCAACUCGUUCAAAAAGCUCCCACCUCAAUUCCCGCACUUUUCCUUCCAACUAAAAUCCUCCAAAACAGUCUCUUUGCCAAUCACACACACACACACACACACACACACACACACACACAAAUGGCUCUCAUUGAAACCUAUGCCUGCGCCCCUUCCACGGAACGAGGCCGUGGAAUUCUAAUCUCCGGCGAUCCCAAAACCAACUCCAUCCUUUACUGCAACGCAAGAUCCGUUUUCAUUCGUUACCUUGACCGCCCUCUUCACGUCGCCGUUUAUGGAGAUCACAGCUAUCCCGUCACUGUCGCUCGUUACUCCCCCAACGGCGAGUGGAUUGCCUCCGCUGACGUCUCUGGAAUUAUACGAAUCUGGGGUACUCAUAACGACUUCGUUUUGAAGAAUGAGUUCAAGGUCCUUUCCGGUCGGAUCGAUGAUCUACAGUGGUCCCCUGAUGGCUUAAGGAUCGUUGCCUGUGGCGAUGGCAAAGGAAAGUCCUUUGUUCGCGCUUUUAUGUGGGAUUCGGGGUCAACAGUGGGGGACUUUGAUGGCCACUCGAAGAGGGUGCUAAGCUGUCAUUUUAAACCGACGAGGCCAUUUCGAAUUGCAAGUUGUGGAGAAGAUUUCUUGGUGAAUUUUUAUGAAGGUCCACCCUUUAAGUUCAAGUUAUCUCACAGGGAGCAUGCAAAUUUUGUCAACUGCAUUAGAUUUUCCCCAGAUGGCAGCAAACUAAUUAGCGUAAGCUCAGAUAAGAAGGGUAUAAUAUAUGAUGCAAAGACUGGCGAAACAAUGGGGCAGUUGUCCAGUGAAGAUGGUCAUACAGGUAGCAUUUAUGCUGUUAGCUGGAGUGGAGAUGGUAAACAUGUACUAACUGUUUCUGCUGACAAGACUGCCAAGAUAUGGGAGAUUUUUGAGGACGGUACUGGCAAAGUAAGUAAAACGUUGGAAUGCUCUGGAUCUGGUGGAGUGGAAGACAUGCUUGUUGGAUGUCUGUGGCAGAAUGAUCAUCUCAUUACAGUUUCCCUUUCUGGCACAAUUAACUUAUACUCUGCUAGUGAUCCUGAUAAACAACCAUUAUGUUUGUCUGGACAUAUGAAGAACGUAAAUACAUUAACUUUAAUCGAAAGCAACGAAAAGAUUAUUCUAUCCAGCAGCUUCGAUGGAUCUAUCCUUCGAUGGACUCCAGGGACUGGACACAGUGGCAAAUUACAGAGGAAAGAUAGUUCUCAAAUUAAAUGUUUGGUUGCUACAAAAGAGGAGAUAAUGACAUCUGGAUACGAUGAUAAGGUAUGGAGAAUUUCUCUUGAUCAAGAUAAAGCUGGAGAUGCAGAAUAUAUAGAUGUUGGCAGUCAACCAAAGGACUUGAGCCAGGCCAUUAAUUCCCCUGAUCUGGCUUUCGUUUCAUUGGAUUCUGGAGUUGUAUUGCUUAAGGAUAUGCAAAUACUUUCAAACAUCAACCUUGGAUUUUCAGUGACAGCGUCUGUUAUUGCACCUGAUGGAAGUGAGGCAAUUGUGGGGGGCCACGAUGGUAAGUUGCAUAUAUAUUCUGUCUCAGGUGAUUCUCUUACAGAAGAAGCAACCCUUGAGAAGCAUAGAGGUCCAAUUAGCGUAAUACGGUAUUCACCAGAUUUUUCCAUGUUUGCUUCUGCUGAUCUAAACCGCGAAGCAGUUGUUUGGGAUCGUACCUCCAAAGAGGUGAAGCUUAAUAACAUGUUGUUCCACACAGCUCGUAUCAAUUGCCUUGCUUGGUCUCCUAAUAGCACUAUGGUGGCUACAGGAUCACUAGACACUUGUGUAAUCAUAUAUGAAGUUGGGAAACCUGCUUCAAGUCGCAUAACUGUUAAGAAUGCUCAUCCUGGUGGAGUUUAUGGUUUGGUUUUUAUUGAUGACUGCAAUGUGGCUAGUUCAGGGGAGGACGCCUGCAUUCGUGUCUGGAAGAUAGUGCAGCAAUAACGCAAGCAGUGCAUAAGACACGAAUAAUGCUGGUUAAAUCUUUAAAGUUUGUGAAUCCACAUUCAUUGCUUUCUUACUACAUCUACAUUUGUUACCACAUGAUAGUUGUAUAACUGUAUUUCAGGACACAAUUUCCGUUCUCAAAUUUUGUGCCAAAGAAUAAAAUGAAAGCAAAAAGGAGCAGGUAAGCAGCUUCAAGGGUUUUGGUGAAACAGGUUUGCAUAUAUAUAUUUUCACCUGGAUUCAUGAUGUAAAGAGGGAGCAUUGUGCCCUAAUGAUACUUUUUUAAGGUUACUCCAUAUAGAAAUAUCUUUAUCCAAUGCAUUGAAAAUGAUGAAUAAAGUUGUCAACUGUUUCCGUAAA